AUGAAGAAGGACGACGACGUCGACGUCGGCGAAGAGGUCGUUUCACUGUCUGCUAGCCCACACUGAUAUCAUUCGAAGCGAAUAAGUUUGUUGCACUCACCACCAGGCGCUGGAGGAGCAUAGUAAAUUCUCAGGACAAUUUUUAUCACAAUAUGGUUUCCUCUAACCCGCAGACGCCUUGGAACCGCGUGAUUUCCUCGUCCAAUGCCGAGGAUGAGCAGUACUCGGCGUCUCUCUGCACCAGCGGGGUAUGGAUUGUAAAAAUGUCUGGGUCUGGAAGAAUGGAAGGUCUGUCAUGCUCUGCCAGCAUGACCCCAAAGUCUGUCAUGCACGUCACCCAAGAGCCCCGUUUUUUUUGUCAUGCAGAAACGUAGUUUGUCAUGCAGAAUAGGCAACACCUCGAAGCUCAGAAACUUGUCAUGCUAAGCCAGCACUUGUGGCCGCCUCAUGAUACGCCAACCAGCAUCACAAGUUUCCAGACCCAGACAUUUUUACAGUUGAUACGGGGCGCACCACAACAACCUAACCCGCAUGAACGACUACAGCACGAUCCAGGAGCUCGACCCACCGGCACCCCUACAAACCGACUUUUCCACCACGACCAUCAACCAAAUUAUCCUUCCUGGCGGCGGUGGCGGCGGCUCCGGGACGGAUUUCGCGGCCCAGACCCCCACAAGCCAGCGGCUGGGCGCCCUGGGCGGGACGCUGCAAAUCUCGGAGAUAGGAGGCACAACCACCGGGGGCGGCGGGGGGAUGUUGUUGACCGAAAGCGCGGUGUUGAAAGUGGGCAGUGCACCGUCCGCGAGUGGCAAGGAGGAGGAGUUUUUGAACUUGAACCUGUCUCUGGUCGAAAAUGCAAUCAGCGAGAAGGCGGAAGCGGUGUUGCAGCAGGUCAAGCACGAGGUUCUUGACAAGAACGGAACGGCGACGGACCACCCGAAUGGUCCGCGACCUCUGGUUGGGGCCGACACUAUCGACCUCCAGCUCGCAACGCCCGGGACGGCACUCGCAGGAAGAAGGAUGAAGCUGCUGAAAAAUAAAGUAGGGGAGAAUUCGACGCAGAUGAACCCGAAAAAGAAAAUUGCGUUUCCACCAAGAACCACGGGACCGCCAGGAUCAUCUUCCAGUGGCGGUGCAUUGACAGGAAAAAACACGAAGCCGAGUAGCAGUCUGGCGGCUGGCACGGCCGGAGGCACAACAUCUACGUCCCUCGUUGGUGGUGCAACAGGAACGACAAAUAAAAUCCAGAGGAGCUCAUCGACCUCAGCUGCAGAUGCGAGACUGUUGACCGCAGCGGUGGCGCACACCAAAUCGCUGCAGGAAGCUAUGACCGCGACACUUUCGUCCAACAAUACGGGGGCACAGCAGCAGCUUACUUCAGGCGCCAAGAGUAAAGCUCUUUCAGGUGGCAGAUCCGGCGCAGGAGUACCAGCAUCCUCGCAACAGUCGAAGCACCAGCCGGAGAAAUUUCUCGCCCCUUUAGUCCUGCGGGAUUGCAGUGUGAAGGAGUACGAGAACAAGAUUGAGGCGGACUUUUUGGAGAUGAAACAUCUCCUUAACCUGGAGCAGCUGGCCUACAAGCGGUUUCAGAACGAAGCGUCCUACGAGUUGGGCGUUUUGAAGGAGAAAAUGGACGAAAAGGAGGAGAAACUGAAGCAAGAAACGGAGAAGUUCGAAAAGAUAAAGCGCAUCCGGGACGACCAGACCGAGGCCAUGGAAAAACUGCUGCUCCGGUACGAAAAGGUCCGGGCGGAAUUCGAGCGGUUAGACAGGUACGACAAGGAAUUAUCGGAGAAACACACGAAUUUCGACGAGCAAAAUUUGAUAAAACAGGAAGAAUGCGUUUUGCUGAAAAAGGAAACGAAGCUGAAGCUGGAGGCCCGGAAAAAGCAGGAAAAUGAUAUCCCUUGGAGGAGGACAAGUAUCGAACGGCGAUGACUUUUUUUGCAUGACAGAUUUUUCUUUCACGCACUGAAUAUUCUCGAAGAGGAAGCAAGAGCCCUUGCCCUUCCUAGAAUGAAUAGAGACUUUGGCUCUGCUACUGCACGUUGUAGUCAUACAUGCUGGGCGAUACUUUUUCCGUGGCGAUAAAUGAGAAGUCACAGCAGCUGGACGAGAUCAAGUACGAGGUAAAAAGGCUGGAAUUGCUGAACACGGAACUGCAGCAGGAGUUUGCCGUGGAAAAGGAGACGCUGAUUACCGAGUGGAAGGAAAUCGAGUUGCAGAACAAAAUCACGGGACUAGAACUAGAAACCAUCCGACACAAGUCCGCGGAAGCAGAUCUUAUUUUCGACACGCGGAUUGAACAGCUUCGGCGGACGGCGGACACGGCCAAGGCGGAAAACGAAGAGUUGAUCCGGCGAUUACUCGAGGAGACGGAGAGAAAUAAGCGACUCCAGGCGAAGUGUCGGUGAGUAUAGGAAUGAUUGCUGGCGUGCGACGAGAACACGCACUGUGGUCAAUUCUCUCUUACAAGCUUUCUCGACAGCAAUGAUAUACCUAAUCACUACUUGAUGAAAUUGCGAUUGUAUUCGGUUUCGGAACUUCAAUUUCUAUUCAAGGUCGCUUUAUCCCGGUUUCGGCUGUUCACAGGUUGAGGCAGACAUACUAGGUCGAUAAAGCCACUGAAGGUAAACUUCGAUUCGAAUAUUGGUGAGGUCGCCCAGCUGCGAAGAAAGAUAUUUACAGAAUAAAGUCGUGACGUACAUGCUGCCUGCAGUGUCUAUAAACCUGCUCGUACUGUUUCUUGUAAAGUUUGCUUUGAGGUGGACGAACGCGGUA